AUAAUCCAAGGAUCCCUGUGACACCACCUUUUAAAGCAUGGAAGCCUUUCAGUUUCUAUGUAUACUUGCUGAACUGUAAUGCAGUAACAACACCUACCUCCUCUGAGGAAUUCAGCUUGCACAGGCAGGACUGGGUAAAAGACAUCUCACAAUGUCCAGGGACAUGAACCAUGAAGAGUUAUUUGGACUUCUUCAAAGUGAAUAUCCUAAAAUGCAGGGUCUGACUGGAGGAUGGUUGCUCUACAAGGCUACAGGUGGUCAGGGUAAAAGGAAACUGACACUGGUCCCUCCUGAUUCUGAAGGUUACACAGGGACCCUAAUACGCAGUAUGACAGGAAAUGGGAAAAACUUGCUGUAUAUAGUACCUUUACAGCAAGAAUUUGACCUUACUCCGUUACCUCCUGAUGCAGUUGAAUUUAAAAAUAUGCCCAAAGCACAAUGUCAAACAUGCAAAGUAAGUCUGCCAUUGCAUAUUUUGGCUCUUCAUGUGCAGGAGUGCACAGAGUCUGGGUCUUCAGCUGAAGACACAGAGGCAUGUCAAACCGAGGUCCAAAUAGUGUCCGUGCAGCCUUCUGAAGAGCACACCGACACAGAGGAAUUGGAUGAAGAAAAACUUCAGUGUCCUAUCUGUAACUUGAAAUUUGCACCUUAUUUCCUUGAAAUCCAUGCAAGCACAUGCGGAGAAAGAAGCAAAAAUGUAAUAGACGUGGAUGAAAUUGAGGAGAACAUAGUAGAAGAGGACCAUAUGAAAAGUGUCGACGAUGUGUUGGAUGCGAUUUGUCAAAGAGUUGAUGUGGAGAAGCAGUUCAGCAUCCUUAUUUCAAGAACAAACAUUCUGGAGAGAGGCCUUCUGCAGUGGCAACGUCAAAAAAAAAAUUCACCCACUGCCAUGUUGAAGGUGUCCUUCUUUGGGGAAGCAGGAAUCGACACUGGUGCCCUUCGAAAAGAAUUUCUCACAGAAAUGGUCGCCGGAAUCGAGACUCGUUUCUUUGAAGGACCACCACACCAAAAAAGUCCACGCUAUUCCCUUACUGACUUUGACAGUGGACUCUUCAGGACUGUUGGUGAGAUUCUGGCCGUCAGUUUGGCACAAGGAGGUCCUGCCCCUACAUUUUUCAGCCAGUGGGCUUACAGUUACCUCUGCAACGGGCAGAUCAACCCAACACAGCUGGAUAAAAAUACAGUGGCAGAUUCACAGUUGCGGUUACUGAUUGACCAGGUGGAAUCUUCAACUGAGCAGUCACUUCAGGGCCUUACUGAUGAGAUUUUAAACUGUGGAUUCACUGGAGCCAUCUCGGUUCAAAACAAGGAACCGAUUGUCCGAGCCAUUACACUCCAUGCUGUGCUUAGAUUGCAGCCAGUGUUGGAACAACUCAAGGAGGGUUUGCAGCUGUAUGGCCUCCACCUGCUGAUUAAGCAAUACCCAGAAAUCUGCCAGCCUCUCUUCGUCCUUGGGGGAGAUGUGAAAGUUAAUGCCGAGUUUGUCAUGGCGUCCAUUCACCCUCAGCUGAGUGAGAAGGGAACCUCCAAGCAUCAGGUUGAGCUGGACCUGGUUAACUUCAUUCAGGACUUGCUUUAUGAGUCAGAAGAAGGUCAAGAACAUGUAGCUGACGAAGAUGGCCCAAGAUCUAUCACACCUGCCAGGUUUCUGCAAUGGAUCACCGGUCAAGGCCAUGUUCCUCUCCUCCCCUCAGAAAAGAAGGACUUUGCUGUGGUGGUAAAAUUUAAUCACAACUGUGAAGCUGACUUUGGAAAUCACAGCAUCUGCUAUCCUGUUGUGUCAUCCUGUGCUAAGACCAUUGUCCUGCCUGUGAAACAUAUGAAGUCCUAUAGUCAAUUCAGAAUGGUUCUGCUGGAGGCUUUUCAUCUUGGCCAGGAAUUUAACAAUGUGUAAAGCAUAGCAUUGUC